GACGGGAAUGGAGACGGGGACGGGGACGGGGACGGAGACGGGAACAUGGUAGUUGCAUUAUCCUGGAAUGGGUCGUAGGGGCCCGCCUGCGACGGGUCCGGGUAGUUGCUGUAUUGGUAGGGGCUUUCUCUUUCUGGCGGGUGCAGCGGCACCGACGCGUGUGCUUCCGAUGUCCGCGGAUCGGGCCCCAAGCCGGCGGCGACAGACUGGGUCUGAGUCCAGCCGCUGUUGUUGGGCCCGAUAUCGUGGAGCGGCACCGGGCUUGACGUCAUGACGCCGAAGUGAUUAAUUCGCUAAUCCUUUGCGCUCCAUCUUUAGCAAUUAAUUGCGGUGCUUAUAGGUGUAGGUUCAGACUUUGAUCGAGGAAUUGGCAUGUAAGGAAGUGGAGCGCGU